AUGUCGGAUUUCGACAGCAAUCCCUUCGCGGACCUGGAUCUCAACGACCCGUUCAAACCUCCACCAGAUAGUGUGAAGAUGCCUAAUGUACCUAAUACGCAGCCAGCAAUAAUGAAACCAACAGAGGAACGUCCAGCUUAUACACAGAUUGCAAAGGAACAUGCACUGGCCCAAACUGGACUUCUUAAGCGCCAGGAAGAACUAGAAAGAAUAGCUGCAGAAUUCGAUCGUCAAGAACGAGAAAUGCAAAACCUCAGUCAACACGGCAGAAAAAAUAAUUGGCCGCCUCUUCCUAGCAGUUUUCCUGUGGGACCUUGUUUCUAUCAGGAUUUUUCUGUAGACAUUCCUGUAGAAUUCCAAAAGACAGUAAAGUUUAUGUACUGCUUGUGGAUGUUCCACGCUGUAACACUGUUUCUAAAUAUCUUCAAAUGCUUGGCUUGGUUUUGUGUUGCAAGAGCGGUUGAUUUUGGUUUGAGUGUCCUGCGGUUCUUGCUUUGUACUCCUUGUUCAUUUGUCUGUUGGUACAGACAACUUUACGGAGCUUUCAGGAGUGACAGUUCAUUCAGAUUCUUUGUAUUCUUCUUCGUCUGUAUUUGUCAGUUUGCUGUACAUGUUCUUCAGGCUGCAGGAUUUCAUAACUGGGGCAAUUGUGGUUGGAUUUCAUCCCUUACUGGUCUCAACAAAAAUAUUCCUGUUGGAAUCAUGAUGAUAAUCAUAGCAGCACUUUUCACAGCAUCGGCUGUUAUCGCACUAGUUAUGUUUUAAAAAGUACAUGGACUAUAUCGCACAACAGGUGCUAGUUUUGAGAAGGCCCAACAAGAAUUUGCAACAGGUGUGAUGUCCAACAAAACUGUCCAGACCGCAGCUGCAAACGCAGCUUCGACUGCAGCAUCUAGUGCACCUCAGAAUGCUUUCAAGGGUAAUCAAAUUUAGAGAAUCUUCAAACAAUACCUGUUACCUUUUGACUGUACUUUUUUCUCAAGUUACUGUAUUCUACAAAUAUUUUUAUGUUCAAAAUACACAGUACACACAGCAUGGAUAUUUCCUGUUCACUUGUGCAUGAGCUAAAACCAGAAAAACUUCCUUGUCUUAUUUACUUUACCUAAUUGUUUCUUAAUAUUUCAGUGCCCCUAGCAGAAAAAAUAUUACAUGCUAAUUAAAUACUCUCCAUAUUUUUUGGGGGAUGAUGUUCAGCAACUUAUUUCAGUGGUGACACACUGAAAUUAAUAUGGUACUUAUGAUUAAUAAUGCAUUUAAUACUAACUGCAGUAGUUCUUUCAAGAAUCUUUAGAAAUAAGAAUUGCACAUUGAAACAGUACAGCUAUGUUUCAUUCCUUUCCCCUAUUUAUAUUGAAAGAAAUAGGCCAACAGAGACUUAAGGAUUUUUAAAUUGGCUUGCUUUUUAGCAGUUUCAGUCACCAGUGAAAAGCCUGUGUGCAUUUUGUAGUAGAUAAUGUAAAUUUUAUCUUAUUUUCUUUUUUUAGAGUAGUUGAUAAUUUGAUAACAAUCUCUGAUUUUGCAUGGGUACCACCUUUCUUAAACUAAAAGAAUUAGUAUUUGGGGUUCUGUACUGCAUAUGUUUGUAGGAUGCAGGGGUUAAUGGAAUCAUAAAAGUGAUUUUCUGUAAUAGUUUCUUUUAAAUAAACAUUCAUUGAGGUACAAUAUGAUAAUUUAAUAUAAUAUGCAGUACAUUAUCCAAAAGAGGAGGUG